AGCAACUGAUGAGACAGACCUUCUCUCCUUUUGGACAAAUCAUGGAAAUCAGAGUUUUCCCCGACAAAGGGUAUUCAUUUGUGAGGUUUAACUCCCAUGAGUCAGCAGCCCAUGCCAUUGUGUCGGUGAAUGGGACCUCAAUAGAGGGACACAUAGUCAAAUGUUACUGGGGUAAAGAGACCCCAGACAUGAUGAACCCAAUGCAACAGAUGCCUAUGCCCCAGCAGAACAAGAUGAGCUUCCCAGCAGCAGCCCAGCCCUACGGCCAGUGGGGCCAGUGGUACGGCAACGGGCCCCAGAUCAGCCAGUACGUCCCCAAUGGGUGGCAGGUCCCCACCUACGGCGUCUACGGCCAGGCUUGGAACCAGCAGGGCUUCAAGUAAGUAGCACGGUCUGCACAGGGCUCCCAUUCACCGCCUCCUCCUACUCCAGCACCACCAGAGUCCCCCCUUCAAGACCGGGGCAGCGAGAGCCAGCUCUGGCCACAGGAGGGGGCUGUGACCUCCCUCCUCCAACCCCAAAACCUCUCUCAUCCCCUCGCCAGCCCCUCACCUCACUCAUCUUGAGAACAUUGAGAAAUAAGCACACAGACACACACAGAACAAUCGGAACUUUAAUUUUGUUGUUAAUCAUAUUUCAGUGUGUCACUGUGCACAGCACAAAAUGUUGGAUCACUUGAAUUUAACGCAGAAAAGUUAAAAUACUGCAGUCCAAAAAUAAUUGUCAGAAAACGUAAACGAGCUCAAGGCUAAUUUUUUUUUUUUUCAUUUCAAAAGUAAGAAUUGACUGACCAAGAUAAAAGCUGAAAGCACAGAACAAAGAUUUCUCUUUACUGUCCACACCUGCGGAUAGAUUGUUGAUGAAGAAUUAAUUUCCAUUUUUGUACAACUGCCUCCUGUGUGUAAGGACUGUGUUCUUCAAGGCUGUUGAGUUCUUUUUGUAUGUCUACAUUCAUGUCAUAGCUUUUUACAGUAUUUUCAUUUUUUUUUUUAUUUCAUUGAUCUUUUUGACAUAUACCUGAGGAUUUAAUCUGUAUAUGAAUGUCAGUAGGACAUGUUAAAUAUCUUUUUGUAGGUUAUCAAAUUUUGUUUUUAUUCAGACAGCCUGUGUGCAGUCACUUUUUGUGCACCCAAGAAAAAUAAAGGAGAGGCCAUA